AUGCUGGACGCUAUAUUUUCCCUCGUUCGGCGUGUCUAUGUGCCAGUCACAGCAUCAACGACUACCGCGGAACAGAAUGAGAUGGAUCGAGAUUCUUUCCGCAAAGCCGGGAAAUAUGGAUAUGGAUUUAUCUACUUUGCAGUAGUGCUGCUGGUCAUCACUACCAUUAUUCGACUCUGCAACAGCUAUAGCGACAGGAUUAGAAUCAUUAUGCAUAGAGAAAGCAACCCACAGCCUUUCCAGGGUUCUCAUGGUUCUUCGACGCCGGACGAAUAUGAGCUUCCCAGUGCAGGCACUGAUGCUUCAAGCAUGCAUUUCUUUCCAGCUCCGCAAGCAUCAUCCUACCAACCACCUCGUUCUCUCUUCCAACGGCUUUUCCACUUUAAUAAAGUGAUUGCAUUAUUUCGGUGGAUCUUCUAUCGACCUAUGCCUACUGUCAGGAUUGGGAAGAAGCAAAUCGUCUUCCCUUCUCUAGCUGUGAUUUCCAUUGUACUUGCAGCCUUCAUAUUUGUAACGCUUUACUGCUUUGUGCCGCAGCCCUUUUACUAUUGGACCAUCGCCUUAGGAUCGCCACCACUAGCUAUUCGUGCAGGCAUGCUGGCAGUUUCAAUGAUUCCGUGGAUUGUUGCGCUUGCUACAAAAGCAAACUUUAUCACCAUGGCGACUGGCCUAGGCCCUGAACGAUUGAAUGGGCUGCAUAGAUGGCUAUCCUAUAUCUGUCUCUUCCUCUGCAUUAUUCAUAUGGUUCCGUUCUAUGUUACGCCCAUAUGGACAGACAAUGCUCUAGUCAACUACCGAAACUGGGUACCGCCUGGUAUCUAUUAUUAUGGAAAUGGCUGGGCAGCAAUGGCACCAUUGAUUGUGCUAUGUGUUCAUUCACUCCCUUUCCUGCGACACUGGAUGUACGAGCUUUUUGUUUUCGUCCAUAUCCCAGUCUCUUGGGUUUUCGUGGCAAUGAUGUUCUGGCAUAGCAAGAAUUAUCUCAAAUCUUGGGGCUACCUCUGGACAACAGUGGCGAUCUGGAUUGCGACAUAUUUUAUUCGAUUAUUCUAUUUGAAUUGGAGUAAUCCGUUCCGAAUUUCGUCCUUUUUAAUCGGAGAAGAAGCGGCUGUCACCUUGCUACCUCAAAACGCAGUCAAGGUUACCAUUCCUACAAAGAUGCGCUGGAGAGCCGGGCAGUACGUCUAUUUACGCAUGCCAAGUAUCGGUUUUGUCCAAAGUCAUCCUUUCACAAUCGCUUCGCUUUGCAGUGAUGAUUUCCCCUCUGCUUAUGGCCCGAAAUACCGCGAUAUGACGCUCAUCUUCCGACCAUUCCAAGGAUUUACCCGCAAAGUAGUGGAUAAGGCGUUGGAGAAUGGUCCAAUGAAAACAUACACUGCAUUUAUUGAGGGUCCAUAUGGUGGUAUGCAACGCGAUAUGGCAGCGUUCGAUGAUGUGGUGUUCUUCGCAGGCGGAAGUGGUAUUACUGCCAUUGCAAGUCAAUUGUUAGAUCUGAUCAAGCGAAUCCGAGAUGGUAAAGCUGUUACGAAGUCAAUCAAGGUCGUUUGGGCACUAAAGUCACCGGAGACAAUGGAGUGGUUUCAAGAAGAACUACGUAUUUGUCGUGACAAUGCACCUGCCAACCUAAUGUAUUGCCAUUUCUUCCUCACUGGUAUUAGCAUGCAACAAGCAGACCAGGCAGGCCGAGACCUCGUCCAAGAGAAGAUCUACGGCAUGCUACAAGGAAUCGAUAAGCGAGACUCGACAUACAUUCGACAGGAGGCCGACGGUGAUCUGGAACGAGAGAAGGAGCUUCGCCGUGAGAACGAGGACGGCUUAGGUGCUCUUCCAGGUGCACCUCCCGCCGCUCACGUUAUCGGAACUAGGCAAUACUACCAGCCUGGAAUAAGCUCAGUAUCACCGGGGAUCAGUAUUAGUCCUGGGUUUGAUUUUGGGUUCGGUAGCUCGACACCCACGUCACUGAAGCAGCCCACGCCGCGCUAUGCUUCUUUCCAACCAUCUCAUCGUAGAGAUAAUUGGAAGACAGAUUAUUUCCGACCAGAUGUUUCAAAGAUGCUUAAUGAGUUCUCGCAGACAUUUGGUCGUCGGGCGUGUAUCUUUGUUUGUGGUCCGCCUGGUCUUCGUGUUGAGGUGGCUAACACGGUGGCUAAGCUGCAGAUGCGUGUUAUGAGUGAUUCAUCUAAGGAUGAGAUUUUCUUGCACGCGGAGAAUUAUAAUCAUUAG